CUUGGCACAUGAAACAGCCAAACGAGGGGAAGUGGAAGGUCAACACGGGAUGGCCAAGUAUCCCAAGGCGGUGAAGCGAGGCGGCAGAAUGCGAACCAGAAAAUAAAAUUCCGAGGCUGCUGCCAAAGGCGUUACUCACCACGCAAAUAUGGAUAUCCUCAAGCUACUGUCGCGAUCGACAAAACCAACAAACAGGCCAGGUGCUACGAAGGAUGCUUCUGCCAAGUUGCCAUCAGCUGGUAUCUCGUCGAACCCUCAAUUAUACCACGAUGCGAUACCCGAUUCCAGAGGAAAGAAGAGGAAGCGCGGAGGAGAGAAAGUUGAAGAACAGACCGUGAACGACGAGGACGACAAUGUGGAUUUCUUUGCGCCGAAAAACACAGCUCCAAUAGUGAAGAAGGUUGCGCCAGCAGAAAAUGUGACUACCAUCGCAGAGCCGAAACUUCUGGACCAAGAUGAAUGCCGACAGAUUCUCAAAUCGCAUAGGUUGAAGAUUACUCUCCUGACGUAUGGAAAAACGCCCGAGAAGAAGAUCAAGAAGUCGAAGAAAACGAAGGAAAGCAAGAAAUCUUCGAAAGAGGAUUUCAAACAGGUGUAUCCUCAACCGCUGAUCGCAUUCGGAGAUCUGCGGAGUACAUACGGGAUCUCUGGUCGCAUGGCAGACAAUUUGGUACAGCAGGGAUAUAAGAUACCUACGGAAGUUCAGAUGGGAAGUUUGCCGCUUCUUUUACGGCCUGAAGUUGCUCUGAGAGAAUCUGAGCUUGGGGCUUCCGAGGUGGAUUUACUGGCUGUUGCGCCGACGGGAAGUGGGAAGACAUUGGCAUUCCUGAUUCCAAUCGUGGACAAGAUUAUACAGCGGAGAAGAGAGAAGGAAGACAAAGGGGAGCAUAAUCUGGAAGCUAUUGUGGUUGCGCCUACGAAGGAAUUGGCAAGUCAAAUUGUGAACGAGGCGAAGAAAUUGAGUUUGGGUACUGGGGUCAAGGUGGUGGGGAUGCGGAAGGGAAUGAGAAUCGUGGAGGGCAGCACGAAGGUGGAUGAGAGUUCUAGUGAGGAGGAAGAGGAGGAAGACGAGAAGAAGUCAUCUCAGCCUAUUUCUAAAGGCGACAUUUUGAUCACCACGCCUGGUCUUCUUCUCAGCGCUUUGUCAACAGGAGAUCCUACCAAAUAUGCGCCGUUGCCUUCAAUACGAACAUUGGUUCUUGACGAAGCCGAUGUUCUUCUCGAUCCCCUAUUCAGAGACCAAACCCUUGGUAUUUGGAACUCAUGUACCAAUCCGGACCUACGAGUUACGCUCUGGUCAGCCACCAUAGGCUCAUCCAUCGAAACCCUCGCCAUAUCAACCAUCACCAGCCGCCGAACCCAGCUCUCACUCCCAAAUACACCCAUCCUCCGCCUCAUUGUAGGCCUCAAAGACUCAGCAAUCCCAAACAUAACCCACCAACUUACUUACGCCGCCACCGAACCCGGAAAACUCCUCGCCCUCCGCCAACUCCUCCACCCUACCGCAGGAACCUCCUCAUCCACCAUCUCCCUCCGCCCUCCCUUCCUAGUCUUCACACAAACCAUCCCCCGCGCCAUAGCCCUCCACUCCGAACUCCUUUACGACAUCCCCGCCGAAGCAGGCGGCUCCGCGCGCAUCGCAGUCCUGCAUUCCGACCUCUCUGACUCCGCCCGCUCGCACGUAAUGACGCGAUUCCGCACCGGCGAAAUCUGGAUCCUUAUCACAACCGACAUCCUCUCCCGCGGCGUCGACUUCCGCGGCGUAAACGGCGUAGUCAACUACGACGUGCCUAACUCAGGCGCCAGCUACAUCCAUCGCGUUGGGCGGACUGGCCGUGGUGGACGCGAUGGCGGAGUUGCCGUCACAUUGUACACGAAAGAGGACAUCCCGUAUGUGCGCGAUGUGGCGAAUGUCAUUGCGGCGAGUGAGAAGCAGGCUGGGAGGGAGGUGGGCGAGGCGGGUAUGCAGAAGUGGUUACUUGAUGUGUUGCCCAAGCCGAGUAAGGAGGAGAAGAAGAGGUUGAAGAUAUAUGGUGUUGAGGCUAGACGUGGGGGUUUGGCUGAGAAGGGGAAAGAUAAGAAUGAGAAGGAUAAGGGCAAAGGGAAGAGGAAGGUGCAGAUUAGUACGAAGAGUGGUUAUGAGCGAAAAUUGGAGAAUAAUCGGAAGGGUGCUAUCAGUGGGAGUAGGAGGCGAGCUAAACUUGAGGCUGAAGAGGGUGGUGCUGAGGGAGAGAAGGAAUCGAGUACAGCAGCUGAUGAUGGGGAGUGGGGUGGUUUCGAGGAGUAGAUAUUUGAUUCCCCCAGGUCCAGGAAUUCGAUUUGUCGCUGAUGCCUCUCCAUCCGACCUACCUUCUGGUGAAAAUAGCUUCGCAGAUGCAGAAGCAAGACCAUCUCUACAACUAACCUUUGGACCAAAGACCAUCACUACCCGGCAGAGCUACACCUGUAGGCGCAGCUUUGCCGGUGUGUAGGGUCUCUGGUCCUACAAUUAGCAUGCAUACUUGUUUUCGAUGAAAACGCAGCUUCAAUGGAUUCUACAAGUCGUGUUUUUGGACCAACUGGAUUUAUGUCUUGCAAACCUCGAGAUUCACCAGGCGUGUACUCUGCUUCUAGAACAGCGUGGAAUCAGAAUCUGGACUCGGCACUCAAUCCAAAUCACUUUAAUUUAGUGUAGUACAACUCUUGAGUACAACUCAACUCCAUCCACCAAUCCCUCCUCUUCCACUUCCACACCUUCUUUCGGAUCUCAGCGGACCUCCUUGACCAGUGACCACUAGAUCACCACCCUCCUGUUCCCGUUCCUCUUCCUGUUCCUGUUCCCGUUCCUCCCAGGUCAAUUCCCAAGCGCGCGGUCCCAGUGUCGACGUGGAAAAAAAGAACCUGGAAACCAUCAAAUCCUCACCUGCAGUACUGCACCUUCAAGUAUUUCUCCACCCACCAACCAACCAACACCCGAAAUCCCACCACUCAUACCACCCCCUCCCCUCCCUUCCACUCCCCAUAUAGGCACCUACCUACUUACGCCGUACUUUAUUUCUGACUUCCGAGCACAUACGAAGCACCUGUCACCUCCACCCAAGCACCAAGCAUCAAAAGCAUAACUCUCAUUUCGGCCUUGCCACCCUUAGCGCCUCCCGUUUUGUGAGGAAUAUAUUACUUCGCAUGCGGCUCUACUCUCGUUUAUUUUAAGUGGCCCCCCCCUGGGCAGUUGUUUAUUACUGUUUCACACAAACCUGCGGGAGAGCGUGGCUUGGCGUGUGUCUUGGCUCCUGUCAGGAUGGAUGAAGGUUAUUGCUGUGGGGAGGGGCAGGGGGUGCUGGUUUGAGGAAGCGCGCCAGUGCGUUCUUCGCUCGCUUAAGAGCCAAGCAAUGCAGGCGGGUGUGUGUUU